AUGAACAGCAUCAAUAGCAUUUCGCAGCAGAUUCUAUCCAAGCUUCCUCUUUAUCGUCUCAAAGACCUCAUCAAGGCUGUGCGCGCGUGUAAGACUGCUGCCGAGGAACGAGCCGUAAUCCAAAAAGAGAGCGCCAACAUUCGUACUGCAUUCAAAGAAGAACAUAGCGACACGCGUCAUGCCAACGUUUCCAAGUUGUUAUACAUUCACAUGCUCGGUUACCCGGCUCAUUUUGGCCAGAUGGAGUGUCUAAAGCUGGUUGCAAGCCCCAAGUUUGCCGACAAGCGUCUCGGUUAUUUGGGUAUCAUGUUGUUGAUUGAUGAAAAGACCGAGGUAUUGACUCUAGUCACCAACAGCUUGAAAAACGACUUGAACCACAACAACAUGUACGUCGUUGGUUUGGCUUUAUGUACUCUCGGCAACAUCUCUUCCUCUGAAAUGGCUCGUGAUUUAUGCUCUGAAGUGGAGAAGCUCUUGGGUAGUUCCAAUACAUAUAUCCGCAAAAAGGCUGCAUUGUGUGCCUUGCGUAUUAUUCGCCGUGUGCCUGAGUUGAGCGAGAACUUUUUGUCAAGAGCCAAGACCUUGUUGAAUGAUCGUAGCCAUGGCGUCCUUGUCACUGGUGUUACUUUGGUCACUGAAAUGUGCCGUCAGCAUCCAGAAUACAUUGAAAUCUUUAGAAAGGGUGUCCCUCUUCUUGUGCGUCAUCUCAAAAACUUGACAAGCGCUGGAUUCUCUCCUGAGCACGAUGUCACAGGUGUUACGGAUCCAUUUUUACAAGUCAAAUUGCUUCGUCUAUUGCGUAUGUUAGCCAAGAACGAUCAAGAGGCAUCGGAUGCAAUGAAUGAUAUCUUGGCUCAAGUGGCAACCAACACUGAAAGCACAAAGAAUGUCGGCAAUGCAAUCUUGUAUGAAACGGUCUUGACGAUUAUGGAUAUCCAAAGUGAAGCUGGCCUACGUGUCUUGGCGGUGAAUAUCCUUGGUAAAUUCUUGAGCAAUCGCGACAACAAUAUCCGUUAUGUGGCAUUGGAAACGUUGAACAAGACCGUUGGCAUCGAAUCACAGGCUGUGCAACGUCAUCGCAACAUCAUCUUGGAUUGUUUGAGAGAUGGAGAUAUUUCGAUUCGUCGUCGUGCCCUUGAGUUGAGCUUUGCAUUGAUCAACGAAAGCAAUGUGCGUGUCCUUACUCGUGAAUUAUUGGCAUUCUUGGAGGUGGCCGAUACCGAAUUCAAGCAGAGCAUGACCACCAAACUUUCACUUGCCGCUGAACGUUUUGCACCCAACAACCGAUGGCACAUUGAUACCAUGCUGCGUAUGCUUAAGCUCGCUGGUAACCAUGUCCGUGAAGAAGUUUUAUCUGGUUUUAUCCGAUUGGUUGUCCAAACAACACAGCUUCAUCAAUAUACCGUUCAAAAACUUUACGCUGGAUUGAAACAAGAUAUUUCUCAGGAAGCAUUUGUUCUUGCUGGUGUAUGGGUUAUUGGUGAAUUUGGAGAUGUUCUUGUGAAUGGAGGAAACUUCGAAGAAGAUAACAAACAAAUGGAGGUAUCAGACAAUGCGGUUAUCGACUUGCUUGAAUCCAUCUUGAUCGGUCCUUAUGCGAAUCAACUCACCCGUGAAUACGUUUUGACGGCAUUGAUGAAACUCUCUUCUCGACUCCAUGAUGCUCAAGCACAACAAAAGAUCAAAGCACUCUUGCAAGAACACACAGCAAGUAUGGAAGUGGAAAUUCAACAACGUGCCGUCGAAUACACCCACCUCUUCUCUUUCGAUAAUAUUCGUGCAGCCGUUUUGGAACCAAUGCCUGUACCUGAAGGUCGAUCCAUCAUUGAGACUAAUGAUAAUGGUCCCACCAGCCCAGCACCCGGCAAAUCUUCCAAGGCAGGUCCUAGUGAUCAGGAUCUUCUUUUGGAUCUUAUGGGUGUUGGAACAGCUUCUGGUGGAGAUGAACAAGAAUCGAAUGCAACAUCCCUUGCACCUGAGAGCCCCGCUGCACCCCACAGCACUCCACAACAAUCACAACCAGCACAAAAUAUGGAUUUAUUAGCCGAUCUCUUUGGUGGAAGCAGUGCACCACCUGCCACACAACAACAACAACAACAGCAACUACCUACUUCACCUCCCCCAUCAUCCAACACCAAUGUACUUAUGGACUUGCUUGGAGGUAGUGAUACUGCUUCAGCUCCUGCACCUUCAACACCACCCGCUCAAUCGGUCAACAGCCUCGAUUCCCUUGCUUCGCUUGGUCAAGCAUUCUCUCCUGUAUCGCCUAGCUCACCAGCACAACGAUCUCUUGGUGCAGGUAGUCCUUCUCCUAUGGGAUCCCCUGCUGCUGCCGCUGCUACUGCUACCAUGGCAGGAUCAACACAACAACAACAACCUGGCUAUCAAGCUUAUUCUAAGAAUGGUUUGGACAUCAACCUUGUACCUUCACGUGAUCGCAACAAUCCUGCCAUUAUCAAUAUCCAAGUUCUCUUUGCCAACUCUGGUGCCCAAGGUGUGAUCUCAUCGUUACAGUUCCAAGCUGCUGUCCCAAGAAGUCAAAAGCUGCAAAUGGCACCUGCCAGUAGUAACGUCGUCCAACCUGGUACAACCGAGAAGCAGCAAAUGCGCAUCAACAACCCACAACAGAGCGCCGUCAAACUACGAUUGCGUAUUGCCUAUGUUCUUGCAUCUGGUGAUAAGGUAGAAGACCUUGCAGAGUAUGGUCCUUUCCCCGAAGGUGCAUUUUAA